CGCUGUCAUGGGUCUGUGACCAGGGACAUCCCAAGCUGACGCAGUAAACGCAGGACAUGCCACUUCAAGUGACAGUGCGGGAGGGAGGGCUGUCAAUACCGUCAUUCCUUUCUAUGCCUAUUCAGGUUGGUUCGUUUCGUUCCUCCAACUGAGCUUACACGAGGGACGAAUCGAACGCUACAGCAUAGGAGCAAGUUGCCUACAUCAAAGUCAGAUCGAGUCAGAGAGUACGCUGGCUGGUCGUUCACUUUGCAACCUUUUUACACUCCUCCGCUGGUUUGGUUGCUGUAUCAUUCGUUCCCUCCAAGUGGGAAUCGUACCCUAUAUUUGCUAUAUCACGUCUCACCCGUUCCCUCUUCCCCGGCACGCAAACCUCCCGGGCUCGGCCUGGAUCGCGCUCGCGACCUCCUGCCCUCUUUCUGUUCACCGUUCCGUCUCUUCCCAUGUCAGUCUUGCGGACACACGACCCCUCCCGAGUCCCCAGAGCCCCGAUACGCGAGGAGGAUCAUGAAGGGGAAGCGAAAGCAAGCAGGACAGAGGCAUGCCCCGCCUUGCCGGCAUCCGCCGAAGCUGAUGCCUGCCCCCCCUGUCACCUUUCUCACUUCUGCGGCUCUUGUUAUGGCUGCCAGCCGUAUAAGCCACGAAAAGAUUUCACAAGCCGUGAGGCGGAAAACAUGACCACCAAGAAACCCAGCCCGUCGACCUGCAGCACUUCCCGGCCGGGGGGCAUGACGGGUCACAGACAUGUUCAAACCGGGCAAAAGACGCGGGCUGCGGAUGCGGCAUGCAGGAACAGGCGGUCUGCUCUUUUCUUCGUCCCGCUGCAGGCCUUGCGCACGGCGCGCACCAAACGCAACAUCUCGAAGCUAGUGUUUUGUUCUGUUGGAUCCCUGGUUUCUCGUUUCCUUUCGUAUUAUACAUAGGUGUGGCCAGCCCACCCGCCCUUCCGCACCACACAUAGUCACACACACACACCCCCAUAUAGAGGUCUGAGUGUCAGAGUAGACAGAGACUCUAUUUGAUAGCUCUUUUUUUCUUUCUUUCUUUCUUUCUUUCUUUCU